AUGGCUGAGCACUUGGUGCACAGCGUCGCCAAGGCCGGCUUCGGGACGGGAACGAAUGAGCUCUACGAUCGUGCUCGGCCCUCGUACCAGGCUGCCGCCCUCUCCCACAUUGGCAAUACCCUCCCCGCCUCUGCCCCACUCAACAUUGUCGAGAUUGGUGCAGGCACUGGCAUCUUCACCCGCGCGCUCCUCGCACAUCCCGACUGGUCCCAAUCUGUGAACCAGUUCCGCGCCAUCGAGCCCUCCGAGGGCAUGCGCGACGUCUUCGCAAAGUCCGUCCGCGACCCCCGCGUCUCCGUCGCCGACGGCACCUUCGACUCCACAGGCGUCGGCGACGGUUGGGCCGACCUUGUCGUCAUCGCCCAGGCCUUCCACUGGUGCCCGGACUAUGAUAAGGCUUCCGCCGAGUUCGCCCGCAUCCUCAAGCCCACCGGCACUCUCGCCUUUAUCUGGAACCUCGAGAACAGGGACGGCGCAGGGUGGGUCGCUCAGCUGCGCGAGCGCAUCGAGCGUCACGGGCAGGGCGCCCCCCAGUUCCGCCUCGGCCUCUGGCGCGCCAUCUUCGCCACCCCCUCCUACACCGCCCUCUUUGCGCCGCCCCUAGAGCGCACCUGGUCCUACGCGCUCUCCGGCACCCGCGCGCUAGUCCUCGACCGCGCCCAGAGCCACAGCUUCAUCGCCAUCCUCCCCGAACACGACAAGGCGGCCGUCGUCCGUGACAUCAAUGCCAUUCUCGACCGCGCCGACGGCUUGGUCUGGCUCGAUCGGAAGGCGGGCGUAUUCGAGUAUCCGUAUCAGACUCUCGUCGUCGUCGCGAGGAAGAAGUGA